AAAGCCUGGCAUACUGCAUUUUGGAGGCUAUCAAGUAGAAAAGCAACACCAACAGACUCUGGAAAUGACCUUUGGCUCUAAAGAGAAGACUCUAUUUUUCAUGAUAAAAUGGCAGUGGUGAAAACCCCCAGCAGAGAACUAAAGAAUGCUGAAGAACCAUUUAAUAACAUAUCACCUCUCCUUUUGAAGAGUCUAGUGGAGGAGCCCCCCAAAAGACGAGAAGUGCCUAAUCACCUCCUAGAAUCAAGAGAGGUUCAGCCCCCAGGGCAACAGAGAUCUUGGAGGGAUUGGGGACAUCUACUGACCCCAAAAUUGGAAGACAGGCAUCUGGUCAACAUUUCCAAUGAUGACAUACAUGUUCAUAUCUUACCCCCGCAAACCAAAUACUUUCAGAUCAAGUAUGUAAAAAAGGAACACCACCUCGUCCCUGGUUUGUCCCUCACAGUCACCAUUACAUUCUCACCAGAUGAGUGGCGAUACUAUUAUGAUUGCAUCCGUGUUCACUGUAAGGGUGAUGACACUUUGCUUAUUCCCAUCCAUGCCUAUCCUGUCAUGAACACCCCGGACUUUCCCUCAUUUAUAAAUCUAUCGAAUGUUCUACUUGGUGAAAGCAAAAAAUAUGUUAUUCCUUUGCAGUGCAGCUGCCCUGUAGACUUUGAAUUUCAUAUUACUUUGAUUCAGGCUCAUCAAGCCUUUACUAUUGAGCCAACAUCAGGAAUAAUUCCAGCGAAUGGGAAGAUGAAUGUGACUGUGAAGUUUACACCCUUUCAGUAUGGGACGGCACAGAUAAAAAUGCAGUUAUGGAUUUCACAGUUCAACUCUCAACCCUACGAAUGUGUCUUUACCGGAACAUGCUACCCUAACAUGGCUUUAAAAUUAGAAGAAUUUAGAAGAUUAAAUACUCUUUCUAAGAAAGUAGACAUUCCUUCAGAGAAGGCAAUGACACGGAUAAAUUUUCACCAACCGCAUGCAAAGUCAAAACCUGCAAAGAUUAAGGAAAUUGAAUAUCAGAACUUGAGAUUUCCGGUAGAUUUAUCAAAUCCAUUUGCUGUGGCAACUGUUUUAAACCAAGAACCAGGAAAAUUGAAGAUAAAAGAGCUAAGAGAAGUUUUGGACCAAGGCGAUGAGAUUUCCAAAACAAGACAGAUGAAGGAAGCACUCUUUGAACAGAAAGUCAGACAAGACACUUGUGAAGAGAUUGGAAAUCACCUUAAGUGGCACCCCAAAUCUCACCCUACCAGGAGCCCCAUGUGCCCUGGGCUGUGUGCCCCAGGGGCCUUCUGGGGAGCCCAGCAGUACAAGCUGCUAGAUAGAGGAGAUCCUGUUUUGGAUGAGGAAUUUCAGCGACUGAAAACAGAAGUUAACCACAAGCGGGUUGUUCACAAUCUAGAAGAAAAAAUCAAGGAAUUUCAUCCUAAUUUUGAUCCACUCACUAAUAAUACUUGGGUCAAUAGGUUCAGGGCCCAAAGACGGUUUCAACAAGUAGCACGCAAGUUGCCACCACCUGAUGGUUACAAUGGGCUGCUUGUUUUCUUUUCACCAUCAGGCAGCUCAGAAAUGCUGUCAUUGAGAGUAGGCCCCACUAAAUGGUCAUGGGCUUAUCAAGAUCUUCAGUCAGUCGUCUUUUGCCCUCAGGUUCCUCAACUGUACAAAAUUAAGGGGUAUCAGCCAUUCUGUGUCCAGAGGUCUUCAACAAGUUACAGACCUCAAAAGCUUGCUCGAGCCCUGAGGCAAGGAGCUGAGGAUGAAGCCACCACCAUCAUCGCCCUGCCAAAGCAGGACGCCACCCCUCAGUUCCCUGACAAGAUCUCAGUCUUGAGCAUGAAACCACCUGAGGCUUUAGCCGUGUCUCCAGAUUAUGACCCACUUUAUAUUUUUAAUCCCAGCCCAGGAUUAUUUGCUGUGAAGCACCCUCUGACCUACUCAGAAACCUUGAUUGAUUACCAUCUGUGCUCUCACCCCAAGUACAAGUUCACUAAGGAGUGCCACAGUGGGUCCAGCAUUCCUCUCACCCAAAAACAGUUUCUCCAUCACACGGACAUUAUACCUGGGGUAAUGCACUGGAAGAGGUUCCAGUCCCUGGUUCUCUCAUCCCUGCCCGAGACCUCUACGACAGAGAUGACACAGAGCUGUGAUUCCCUCAAUUCAGCUCUGCUUCCUACAAAUGUCCCUGCCAUUCUUGAUGCUUUACCAGAAGAAGACAGAUUGGAAACAAUUGAACGUGAGCUCUGUGAACAGAAUAUAGACGUUAUGUUGACUCCAGAAAUGAUCAAAGUGGAAUUCCCUAUGUUGGACUACAAGGACACCAAGAAGGAAAAAGAGGUAAUAAACCAAGCACAACCAGUGGAGAAGGCAGGAGAAAAGGUGCUGGAGGAGAUGAAGAAUCUGCGGGCCAAAGCUCUCAACUCAUACCUGAUCCUAGAAUAAAAAUCAGCAGUAGGUCGGUUGCUCUCAUUUGCUUUCUGCAGGUCACUGUGGUCCUUUGUGUUCAUUUAUGUUCCAGCCAUUUUGGGAAUUAAAGUUUCUAGAGAAAAAAAAUUAAAAUGUGG